AUGGCUGCACCCAGAGUCAAGGCCGAGCAGGGUAUCAAGCCUGAGCCUAGCAUCAAAUCCGAAGUUGAUGAUGUUGGUCCUUCCCCCGGAGCUAUGUCGGAAGAUGACAUCUACGAAGACGCUGGAGAUCUUGAGUUCUACGACCCAAACGAUUUGCAUGAUGGAGCAGUUUAUUUGACCCACGUACCAAAAUAUCUUUACGAUGCCUGGGCGAACAUGGAUGACAAUGACGAAAUCAGAAUUGGCACUCUACGCCAGUGGUCAGAGGUCGGCCCAAAGGGAGAAUCAAAGCCACGUAUAGCUAUCCUGUUGGACCAUAAACUUGCGCCCCAUCAGCAGAUCCCCAAAGAAUACAAUUUAGAGGUUAAGGAUAUGAGCCUUACCAAUACAUUUCUAUUCACUGAGCAAGAUCUUCCUGGCUACAAAUCGAAGGCUCAAGGAGCUAAUAGCGAUAUCCCUUCAUACAUCCGUCCGAAGCCAGAGCGUCCCCAGCAGAACGCGCAGCCAGAGGGUGAAAAGCGUGGCCGCAAAGGCCGAUAUCAACCCUAUUACAGGAAGGCUAUUCCCAAGAAAACGGUCCUUGCUGGUCGAUUCCGCCACGAGCUGAACUGUCGACCGACUUGGACAGAAGAGACUAAGCAUUGGCUCAGCAUAAGAAAUAAUGAUGCGAUGAAACCGAAGGCCACCACCACGCUUACCUCUACCGCAAGACCUACCGGCCUUAUCCAAGCUGGCGCGCAUGUUUCCAACGAUAAAUUUAGCAACUUUGUUCGCACUGGUCCUGAUGCCAAGAAGGGAGCCAAGAAGCAGAAGGAAGAAAAAGCUGCUCGUUUACCGAAGAGCGAGCUGCGCGAUCGUAUCUUCAGAUGCUUCGAGCAAUUCAACUAUUGGUCUAUGAAAGCUUUCAAACAGGCACUAAACCAGCCGGAGGCUUGGCUACGAGAGAACUUGGAGGAGGUGGCGAUCCUGCAUAAGACGGGACGAUUUUCCAAUCAUUGGGAACUGAAUUCAGAUCACAAGGGAGGACUCAAUGUCCUCGAAGCUAACGGCGCUGCACCUGAUACUGCUCCCGAAGAGGACGAAUCGGAGUCGGACGCGGAGAUGGAAGAUGUUCUUCCAUGA